AUGGAGGUUAACAAGUUCUUCAACUUUGCAGUAAUUUUAUGUGUGUUCUCAACAGUAGCACAUUGUCAGAAGCAAUCAUUCCGUGUUAGGCCAAGUGACGUUGCACGAAUCCAGGGACAAACUGUCACAUUAAAUUGUGAAGUUGACAAUCUUGCAGGCAGAGUACAGUGGGUCAAAGAUGGCUAUGCAUUAGGAUUGAGUCGAACUAUUCCUGGCUAUCCCCGAUACAGUAUUAUAGGCAACCCAGACCUGGGAGAACACAGCUUGUUUAUUAAGAAUGCGAGUCUCAGGGAUGACAGUGAGUUUAUGUGCCAGGUUACUCCGGCUGCUGGACAUCAGCGACUCCUGGCAUCAGCAUACCUUACUAUUAUGGUUCCUCCUGAAAUGCCUGAGAUUGAAGGGCACACAAAUGGCACAACUUUGGAAGUGAAACCUUCCCAGACCCCAAUAGAGUUCAAGUGUGUAUCUCACCAUGGAAAACCUGCAGCCAACCUCACCUGGUUUAGAAAUGGGAAGGCAAUCACAGAGAAUGUGGCCUAUAGCACUCAAGAUGCAGGCAAUAAACUGCUGAAUGCAAUGAGUGUGCUGAGCAUCAUACCUGAUGAUGAGGACAAUGGUGCUUUCUUCGCAUGUGUGGCUACCAGCCCUGCACUGCUCAAUGGCAAGGAGCUCAAGACUGUAGUAGAACUCAGUGUGCUGCAUCCACCAGGUCCCCCAGAGAUCACAGGGUACAGGACAGGACAGGUCGUGAAGACAGGAGACACUGUUGUUCUUGUAUGCAAAUCCAGAGGUGGAAACCCAUUAGCUAUGGUAUACUGGUACAAGAAUGAUGUGUCUGUAGAUCGAUCCUACACAACUGACUCCAGCGCUAACAUGGCUAGGAAUGAGUUUGAAUUUGUGGUUGACUCUACAGACAAUAAUGCUGUAUACAGAUGUGAGGCCACCAAUGUUAUCACAUCAUCAAGUCCACCCAGUGCAUCAGUUAGGAUGACUGUACAAUUCGCUCCUACCAAGGUAACUAUAAUUGGUGACCAGCAUGCUAAAGCAGGUGAAGAGGUGACGCUGUCUUGUACAUCAACCAACAGUAACCCCCCUGCCCUCAUCACAUGGGACGUCAGGGGCAGGCAAGUGCCAGGGACGACCACUCAGAAUUGGGAGUCUCCCCUCGGUGGCUUCAUAUCGCAGUCCAAUAUUACAGUGCCUCUCACUAAUGCUGAGAAUGAUAUUGAAUAUACAUGUCAGGGGACGAAUGAUCCACUUGGGACCACUGUGUCGGCCUCCAUUACUCUCAGUGUCUUGUAUCCUCCUGAUAAGCCUGAGAUCACAGGUUAUACACAAGGUAAUUCUAUAGAGGCAGGCCUAGUGAAACACAUGAUGUGCAAAUCUUAUGGUGGCAACCCUACAGCAACACUUACUUGGUGGAAAGGAGAUGAAUUGCUUGAAUCAACUCAGAGACAACAAGGUCAAAUCGUCACAAGUGAAGUUGAUUUCAUUGCUAGACCUGAUGACAAUGGUGCAGAAUAUAGAUGUAAUGCUACCAAUCCUGCUACAGUUACACCCCUCAUAGACACAAUCACACUGACAGUACACUUCCCACCAACUACUGUUGCCAUAGAGAUGACCCCAAGUGUACUAAGGGCUGGUGUACCUGCCACUAUGAUAUGUACUAGUGCAAGCAGUAAUCCAGCAUCUGUAAUAACCUGGUACAGAAAUGGGCGCAAACUACAAGGUGUUAACAUGGGUGUAACAGAUGCUGAACAUGGUGGGAAGUCUACCAAGAGCAAACUAGAGAUGACACCUACAGCAGAUGAUGAUAAUGCUAUAUACUCCUGCAGGGCCAGCAACAAUGAACUGCUUCAAGCCACUAAUGAUGCUGUAACUCUUGAUGUGCUAUAUGCCCCUGUGUUUCUUAAUGACAUUGGCAACAAGGUGGAUAGCAUAGAAGGAGACUCAACCAGCCUCAACUUCACAGCAUCUGGCAAUCCUCCAGAUGUCACAUACACCUGGUACAAAAAUGGCGAGAAAAUCUCAAUGAAGAAGAAAGGCAAACGUGAUGUGUCUCUUCCACAUUUUAUAUCUGAUGGUGGAGUACUGAAUAUCACUAAGGUGAAGAAGGGAGACUCUGGUGAAUAUAUGUGUAUGGCAACUAACGCUCAAGGCAGCGAGACAAUCAAUAUAACCCUCAAUGUACUGUAUGGUGCUAAAAUCAAGUCUAUUUCCACACCAAUCCUUGUUGAUCAGGGAGAUACGGCUGUCAUGACGUGUGAGGCAGAGGCGAACCCAUACGUCAAUGACAUGGUUAAGUGGGUGAGGGAGAGCUAUGAGUGGCUAAAGGUGGAGCAGGUCUAUACUGCAGGAAAGGCCACCCUCACUGUGAAGAAUGUGGAGAAGCAAGAUUCGGGGAUGUUUAAAUGUGUGGCUAAUAACAACAUUGGGAAACCAGUUGAGAAGAAUGCACACCUAAUUGUGAAAUAUAAACCUGAGAUUGACAGGUCCCCACAAUACUUGAAGGCUGCCAGUGAAAUAGGUGGCACUGCUAGUUUGAUAUGUAAGGCACAGGGGGCACCAGAGAUCACAUUCAAUUGGUGGAAGGGUGCGGAAAAUCUGACAAGUGAUUUCAAACAUGUGAUAAGAAGAAAGAAGAUAGACGUCCUGAACUUUAAGAGUACACUAACAAUUCGUAACAUCACAAAGGCAGAUUAUCAUCGCUAUGUGUGUAUUGCUCAGAAUGUACUCGGCAGUGACAAUGUAGGAAUUACUCUAGAUGGAACAAGUAAACCAGACCCUCCACAUAGCCUACAGUAUGUUAACAGUUCACACAACAGUGCAACAUUGAAGUGGACCCCAGGGUUUGAUGGUGGGUCUAAGACAACAUUUAUGGUGAGGUACGUCCAGACUGGAGGCAAGAACUACCUAUAUGCAGAUGUGGAGAGCUCUAUUUACACGAUUACAGGAUUAAAGUUAGGAACAGAAUAUGAGAUAUCAGUGCGUGCCAAGAAUAAACUUGGUGAUAGUCCAUUUUCUCCUGUAAUCAAGGCAAAGACUUCUAGCAUGCUACCUGAUACCACUACGGCAGACUACAGCAAGGGUGAUGACGUUCCUCUCAUUAUAAUUCUCUGUGUCUCAAUUAUCGGGAUGGUCCUCCUGGGAUUAAACGUCCUCUUGAUCUUAUACCUCAUCAGGCGUCGCAGGAGGAAGCUCAUGGAGAAGGACUCUGAUGAGACCAUAAGCCAGGGGAAUACUAUAGAGAUGUACACGUCACAUGAUGGUCCCAUGUUUCCCCCACAGCCAGGAGAUGAUAAGAGCUACACUACAUAUGAUACUCAUGAUGAUUUUACCGAUGACAUAUAUGCUGGGAGAGCUGAAGAAGAAGAAGAUCUGAAACGUAGCUUCCUGCCCCAAAACCAGGACACAUAUCCACCACCAGGUUACUACUCAACAAACCCAUCUAAUGGACACGCAGUGCCACCUGCUGAUGCCCAGAGGAACUAUAGUACUCACCAAUGGCCCAAUAAUGAAGGUGGAGGAUUCACGAACAGUAUGCCAAGGUCAACUCGUAUUGAUGAGGACGCCAUCUAUGCCGAAACUCUACGCAAAAUGCAACAGAAUAUGGCAGGAGGUCAAUUUGACACUGCUGGACGUCCAAGAAGAGAUGAGUCCGGCAAGCAGCGGCCAGCUGGUAAGCAAGCUCCCCCACCCCCAGUUAGGUCAUCAAGUCAACGUAGUAUGCCCCCCUCUGUCCCAGAUAGGAAUUAUGGUCCCGAGGAUAUCCCAAACUCACCUAGAUAUGCCCCAGCCCCAGGUGCUCAAUCUACAUAUGCUAGUCUCCCCAGAGGUGAGAUAGCCACAGCAAGAGCCAAGCCACAGGUCAAAGGUCAACUUGUGUAAAUAAAGCAGAAUUUCCACCUACAGGCAUAAUAUGUAUUGCAAUAUUACUUCAAGUGAGGCAUUUAAGGAGCUAUAGUUCUCACAACAUUUCAUAGUGUUACAACUUACAAAUAUUGCAAUUAUGGUGUUUUAUAUCACGGAUACAAUUUGUGAAACAUUAACUGAAGUGAAGGACAGUUUUAACCUGUAACUGCUUGAUGAUAUUUGGCAUUACAUGCAUGUAUUAGUGUUACAGUCUACUUGUAUGGUGAUGCACUGCACUAAUAUGGUUUUUCAGUACACCGGUAUGGUGUUACAUUGUGCACAGUACCAAAUGGGGUGUUACAGUACACCAGAAUGGUGUUACAGUGUACCAGUGUGAUGUUACAGUGAACCAAUAUGGUGUUACACUGUACCAGUGUGAUGAUACAGUGUACCCGUAUGGUGUCACAGUGUACAAUUAUGGUGUUAUAGUGUACUGAAGUGUACCAAUAUAGUGUAAAUGAGGGUCACAACCAACAUAUGUGCCAAACUAAAGUGGAACUCGCACUGAUAGAUUGUGUGUGGUACUAUAACAGUGGAAGGUCUAUACCUAACAUACUGUUAUUGUUGUUCAGAGUGAUAUUGCUGAAGUAAAUUAUAUGAUUUGUGUUUUUCCCGCACUGUUAGUUAUACUUCAGUGCCUAGAUAAUUUGAGAUGUGUACAAUUCUUUUAUGUUAUAUUGACCAAACCCACAUAUCAACAAUUAAAAUGUCUCAUCUUGUAAGUAAAUACAUACAUUUCACAUGCUAAGUGCACAAAAAAAGAUUUCUAUUUUAUAUAGAAAGUGAAACUAAGAAAUUAUGUUGGUCAAACUGGGUUGCAAUUUUGUAUGAUCUCAUUGACUUCUACCAGAGACACCUGAUUGACUGCUGUAUGCUAAUAUGUGUUAAUAUUAAAAAGGACAUUAUUUGAGGCACAUUGGCAGUUUUGUUAAAAGGGUCUUUUCUCUAUGUAUGAUAAAAACAUGUUAAUGCUGAAUACAUCAUGGUGAACUGACAGCAUUUGAUCUACCUUAGAGGCAUUCAUUCUAAUUGUUCAAUAAAGACAAUGGUUUGAAAAUUAUUAUUCAUUCUAAUUGUUCAAUUUGCAAUGCCAAAGACAAUGGUUUGAAAAUUAUUUCACAUUGUAAGUAUUCAAUUGUAUUGUUUGUUUUUUUAUAUUGUAGUUAAAUAUGAUUUACUGUCGUUAGAUAUGCAAAACUGCUGCUAGUUAAGUAUUUUUCUAUAAAGGUGUAAUUUCUUUUUUUAUUUGUUAUUACUCCAAUUCAUGUAAUAUCAAAUUUAAUUUCUAUAUCGCCCACUAUUUGUACAUAUUCAUGUAUUCAUAUUUGCAUUUUGUUUAGUAUUACAGAGCCAAAAUCUCUAAGAUGCAAUAUCAAGAGUGGUGAUUCCACGCAUUAUGCUUGGAUUCUCAUUGUCGCAUAAUUACAAGUCAAAUCUGUGCAAUUGAACAUAAUACCAUAGUGCCAAUCUAAAAAGGAACAUUAACAUAGAGGUUAUAAAUGUUGAGAACAAUAUCCACAAAUCACUAGUCAAUUAAAGCCAAAAGUAAUAUAAUAGAGUUCGCAUAGAGGGCUAACUUUAGCGUGCAAUGGAAAUUUCUUUUCUAUUAUAUGUACAAUACAUAAAACUUGUGCCAAAUUAAUUUGUUAUUGAAUCUCAAAUAUACUUAUUUCGUUAAACAUUUUGUUAGAACAAAGUUUUACAUAUGAGCAACAUAUUAUAAUUCAAUCAUUUCAACAAAGAGAACAGGCCUGUAGCCAGUUGGCCCCUGGCCAAAAAUUCUUUCAAAAACAUGUAUGUUUUCACCAUUUUUGACAUUAUUGGACCAAAAUUGUCAAAAGUGAACCCCCCUGAAAUUUUUCAAAAAGUGAACCCCCC